UUACAACCAACGUCUCUCUCACCCGAAAGACGGAGCACAAGGAGGUUAAGUGAUUUACUCAAAGUCACACAGCUGUAUCUUGAACAGAGAGGGUCGUUUGGACUGGGGGCCAGUGGUUUUCCACGUCGUGACCUCAAAACACAACCGGUGCUGGCCUGAGUGGAAAUGUCUGGAAAAGUGUGUGGCUUUUGUAACAGUGCAUAACAAAGGGGAGGGGGGGAAAUCUUCCCAGCUCGUCAAGUCGGUCACACCCUACUCCGUUUACCCCCCUUCUUGAGUUCCACCCUGUCAGUGUCUGUCUGUCCGCCAUGUUGGAUUGUGUGGGUGUCACACAGAGACAGACCACUGCAACGAGAGGCAUACAACAACAAAACACCGAGAAACACGCCGAAAACUCAAAAUAAACCCCUCAGCCGGCCAGUCUCAGUCUUUAGCACCAAGAAGUGAAAACAUUUAUAUCCCGAGCGCGAAGAAUAACUCCUCCACAAAACCCAAGGAAUGGUAAUGGUCGACCCUACCUUGUAGGAUCCCUUGGCUGGGUGGAAAUGGUCAGGAGAGCUUGGAAGUACCUUUUUAAAGAAAAUACCGUGAACAAUUAAGAAAAGCAAAACAAUAAACAUAUUUAUAAGUUGUACACUACUAUAAAACACCAAAAUGCAGACGUCAUCUAUUCGGCGACAAAUGAAAAAUGUUGUGAAAAAUUACUCGGAGGCAGAAAUCAGGGUGCGGGAGGCCACUUCCAAUGACCCCUGGGGGCCAUCCAGUUCACUCAUGACGGAGAUCGCUGACCUCACGUACAAUGUGGUGGCCUUCUCGGAGAUCAUGAGCAUGAUCUGGAAGCGACUUAAUGACCAUGGCAAGAACUGGAGACACGUCUACAAAGCUCUGACCCUUCUGGACUACCUGAUCAAGACGGGCUCGGAGAGGGUGGCUCAGCAAUGCAAGGAGAACAUCUUUGCCAUCCAGACACUCAAGGACUUUCAGUACAUUGAUCGAGAUGGCAAGGACCAGGGCAUCAAUGUGCGGGAGAAGUCCAAGCAGCUGGUGUCUCUGCUCAAGGACGAUGAGCGGCUGAAGGGGGAGAGGUCUCAAGCACUGAAGACGAAGGAACGCAUGGCUCAGGUGACCACUGCCGUUGGCAGUAACAACCAGCCCUCAUUCGGGCGUGGAUCUAGUCAGCCCAACCUCUCCACAAGCUACUCGGAACAGGAGUAUGGCAAGUCUGGAGGCUCGCCUGCUUCAUAUCAUGGCUCCACAUUGCCGCAUGCAUCCUCGGAGCUGGAGCAGGCUCGGCCACAGACCAGCGGGGAGGAGGAGCUCCAGUUACAGCUGGCCUUGGCAAUGAGCAGAGAAGCAGCAGAACAGGAAGACCGUGUGCGUCGAGGGGAUGAUUUGAGGCUGCAGAUGGCUCUCGAGGAGAGUCGCAGAAACAGCCUGAAAACGUCCAAGAAGAAGAAAGAGCCGGUGUCGAUGAACCUGAUGGAUGCCUUGUCGACGACCCCUGCCACCCCAAAGUCUGAGCCCUGGGGUGCCCCUGUUGUUGCAGAGAAGCCGGACCCCUGGGGAGGAGGAGCUGCAGCAGCCGCCCCUGACCCCUGGCAGUCCUAUGGUUCUAAGCAAGUAGCCUCUGCUGAUCCAUGGGGUGCAACAUCAAACACAGCAUCCCCUCUUAAAAGUGUUGAUCCUUGGGCUCAGAGCUCUGCACCCAAGUCUUCAGGAGACCCCUGGGCUUCUGGGCCAGGUAGCAGAUCUACUGUUUCAUCUGCAGGAAAUGCAAACUUUGAUCCUUUCAGCACACUAAAUGGUACAGCAAGGGAUGACUUUUCUGAAUUUGACAGCCUUCGGACUUCUUCCACAAAGCAAGGUGAUUCUCGUGGAAGUGCUGCACUGCCCUCAAGACCCAGUGGUUCCGUCAGUCCAGACUUGUUCGAUUCCCAGCAGAACAGUUAUGCUUCUGUUAACCAGAGCAGCACUGCUCGAAAAACCCCUGAGUCUUUCCUCGGUCCUAAUGCAGCUCUGGUCAACCUGGAUUCGCUUAUAUCCAAGCCACUGCAACAGGCAACUGUCUCUAACCCUUUCUUAGCUCCAGGAGCUUCUGCUCCAGCUCCAGCUCCAGUCACAGCUCCAAUCAACCCUUUCCAGAUAACCCAACCGCUGCCUCCAACAUUAAACCAGAUGCGAGCGAGCCCCAUGAUGGGCAUCAGUCCUCAAGGCUUCAGCACCAUGCCCUCUCUGAGCAUAGAGCCCAUGCCCAUCUCUGCCAUGGCACCGCCUGUCUCAAUGAGCAUGGUCCCAAUGCCAAGCAUGCCAGCCAUCGCACCAAUGGGCAGAAUGGUUCCUGGAGUAGAAAUGCACAUGGGGGGAUCAAUGCCCCAGUCAUUUAUCAGUACAGGGAUCCCUCCAGCCACUGCCCAGGCAGCUAGUACGACUAACCCUUUCUUAUUGUGAAGAAGGUUCUGUGAUGACCUUCAACAAACUCGUCAGUCGUCAUCAAAGACAAACACCUCUAUAGUUUUUAAUGGUCUGUUGUGUGUUGAGACUGGUUUUGUGGAGUGGUAUUUCUUUUAUUUUUUUUAAUGACUUUGGAGUAGAUUUGGUGUUUACAGUUUUGACUUUUUGGCAGAAAAUCACGUCUGCCACUGGAGGUAGAUACCCUGCAGUGAUUUUAUUUUAAUUUUUUUUAUUUAAUUUAGUUGGACGCUCAUUCAGAAAUAGUAUUUAGACACAAACUUGGUAAUUACUGUGUGUAAGUGUGCUUUCCUACUACCCUUAAAUGUAUAGCAGCUCACCAAAAGCCAGAAUAGUAUUUACUAAGGUACCCUUUUAACACUUUGCUAUCAUUUCUUCAAAGGUUUAAAAGUAAGGAAUCCCGCUCCCUUUGUUUUAAAGCGAGGCAUUCACUUAAUUUAAUUCCUUUUUUUGAAAGUAACUCAUUUUUUUCACUGCUUAUGUACUAUAUAGAGUCUUGUCAUAAGCAUACACCUCAUCUUAGAUACUUAUGACAAGUCUGUAUGUAUAAAUAAAUAUAAUUAUCUAUUUUUUAUUUUAUUGCUUGAGGUUCUACGGAGAGUUUUAACACAUGUUUUUAAACUGUUUGUUCACCAUUAGUCCUUAGCUAAUGAAAAACAAGCAAAGACUGUUCUUUACAAACUGUGUGUUAUCCAUAUCCGGUAUAAAGUGUUUAGUGGCACGGUCUGCACUGUUACUGUUGGGACUUUAGUUAUGCUAGAGUUUCUAGUUUUGAAAGAUUUGGAACCAAAAUAAAUGGUGGUUUAAUGUAGCAGGGAAGUUUUUGAAGAGUUUUUAAAUGGUUUUAUUUGUUAAAUCUGCCAUUGUUUUGGAGUAUACAAUCUGCAAAAUUAUGUUUAUUGGGUAAACAUUAAACUAAUCUGGAUUUGAUAGUAAAAUGCAUACCGGUAUAUAUCGUACUCUCUUGCGCACAAUUGUUUUUAUGUGUGACUCCAUACUAUAGUUUUAUAUAGACUUAAUUAGCCUUCUUAUAUUUUAUUAUUGCUUAGUUUAAUAGAUCUUUGAGUCAUGCCAUCAGAAUGAAAUAUGCUUAAAAUCCUUAAUAGUAGCUGUUAACUUAUAAAGAAAUGUAUUCAUUUUUAUAAAGAAGUAACAAAGAGAAUUAAGGGAAAAAAGUCUGUUAACACUAAAAAGGCCUGGCCUUUAUACUUGCCAAUUUUCUCAUAUUUUGUUGUAAUUGCAUCACAGACUUUAUUUAUAUUCAGGUUUCUACACAAUAUUUAAUUGAUGGAUUCAGUUCUACUGCUUUAACUCUAGUUGUUGAUGCUAACAAUGAUACACUGUGUUUGUUUCAAGCCUAAAAUGUUCCUGCUCAAAGAUUGUAGGCUUUUCAGAAAUUCUUAUCAAGAAUAUAGUUUUGCUAUAAUCCGUCAUACGUCACCUGUUAUAAAUUUAUAUAUGCAAUGUAUUAGAAUGUACAUAUUUACCUGACUGUUUACUAACAACAAAUCAGAUGAUGCCAAAAGACUUCUUUGUGAUGUAAAUGGUGACACAAUAGUGUAAAGAAGUAAACAAUCAGUUGUGACCCAAUUUCCAAUAACAGCCUUAAAAAAAAAAAAAAAAAGGUUUUAGAGGCUUUUUUGGGGGUAAAGUAAACUUUGUAGAAAAAAACAAACAAACAAAAAAACUAACCCCAGAGGUUGAGAAAACAUUGAAUCUGUUCUAACUGAAUCCUGUAUUUAAUUGUAUUUUUUAAAACAGAGCAAGAAAUAAUACUUGGCAAUGAGAAGUUUAGUGCUGUCUCAUUUGUAGACAUUUCUUGACGAAUUUAGGGUUAAUGCUUUUAAACUUUAUCUGAAGUACAGAACAUUUUUGUAUGAAAUAUUUCUAUGAGACAUCUAUUUGGUUACAUCAGUGUUUUUGUAGAAUUUUUCUUUCAUCAGUACUGUGUGUUUUUUUUCUAAUGUCAUGUAUGUGUCAAUUAUCACGUCCUUCCUUGGAGUUACGUUAAACAGGGGGUUGUGCUUUCUUAAUCUUACUGACCAUUACCCAGAGUUUUAAAAAAAAUACUUGUUGGAUUUUUAUACAACUCCUCAUUCAGGCGCUAAUACCAAGGCAUAUGUUUGCUUAUAGGACUUCACUAUGUAAAUGUUCAACAAAAACAAAAGCAAAAUAUUGAUCCACAGGGCAUGAUGUGUUGCUUUAAAAAUCAGAUGAACAGACUUAAGUUAUAAUUGUUUAGUUACUUUAAUAUGAUGGGUACGUGCCAUGGUUGCAUUGGCUUAUUUGUAGUAUUUGAGCAUUUAAAUAAACAAUGCUUAAAAUUAAGUCAAGGGUGGGAAAAAAAAAAAAGACUUAAGUUUAUUUACCACCAGGUGUAUGUAAUAUAUUAAGGUAACUAAUUGAUGACCGUUUCUGUAGUUUGCUUUUACGGCUAAUUAACAGUUAAAUAUAAAAAAUAUUUGAACAACAAAAAUCAAUGUGUGUCUUGGCACUUUUAGGUAACAUCAUUUAUAAAAAUAAAAAAGCAGGGAGAUACAUUGCCAAUUAACCUGAUUGGUCAUUACAGAUAAGACUAUAUUUGUGACUGUUACCAUGAACACAUUUAUUAUACUGAACCUAGAAUUUGUAUUGUUAAUUAUAUUGAUUUUAAUUUUGGUGGCGGUAUUUUAAAUCAAAAUAUUUGUCCAUUUGAGCUAAUGGCUUGACCGUGGACCGUUUGUGCUACAUGUGUAGUGCUACAAAAAUGAUGCAGCAUGGCCACACAAAACCUACUCAAAGUUGUCAGUCAGUAAAUCUGCUGUUGAUGAUGGGAGAAAAAUGGCACAACACGAACAGCACUUUUAAAAUCCAAGUAUGGCCCUGUAUUAAAAAAAAAAACUGUUCUGAAAGUAUGUGAUCAAAACAAUGACUAGGCAGAAAAGAAAACAGACCAUAUGUGUUUCUCUAUUAGACUUCCACUCCCAGUCUGUGUACAACAGUUCCCCCACCUGAACAUAACAUGGUAGUGCUUAAAGAGAGGUUCAUCAAAUUCUAGUUGUAUUGAGAUUCAGUUUAUUGUACAUUAUCGACAUUUACUCAGGCAUUUUUUUUUUUUUUUUUAAAGCUUUAAGCUUCAGUUUUGGAUUAGUGUAUACUGAUCUGAUAAGGAUUAUAGAAACUGUAGGAUCAAUAGCUUUGAACUAUUUCAGAUAUAUUAUGAAUACCUGAAAUAUGUAUAUUUUAAGUUACCAUUGGAAGGAUAGUUAUGUACUUAGGGGGAAAAAAAGCAAACAUGUAGAUGCAAUGUUUUUAACUACAUACAGUAACUAGCUCAAUUUUCAUUACUGUCUUUGCUGUAACCAUUUAUAAUGUUUCACAUACUGUUCCUAUGUACUAAUGCAAUUAUUGUGGAAUAUUAACAUUUUCAUGGCAAAUAUGAAUAAACAAAUUCAUUUCUUCA